GACAUCCCCGAAAUCCUCGCCAUGAUCCACGAACUCGCCUGCUACGAGAACGAGCCCACGGCCGUGCAAGCCACGGAAGAGAGCCUGCUGCGGACUCUAACCUUCGCACCCUCUCCAACCUCCACGCCCUCCGCCUCCGCAUCCUCCUCCUCCUCCUCUCACUCUCCCUCAAGCCCCAGUCCAGGCUACGCCAAGACGCUGCUCCUGCGCGCGCCCUCGUCCGACUCGCACGGAGCCGGCGAAGAAGUGGCCGGGAUGGCGCUCUUCUUCACCAACUACAGCACGUGGCGGGGCGCGCCGGGCAUCUACCUCGAGGACCUCUUCGUGCGGCCCGCGUUCCGGAAACGCGGGUACGGGAAGCUCCUGAUCCGGGCGUUGGCGAGGGAGUGCAAGGAGAUCGGCGGCGGCAGGCUGGAGUGGUGCUGCCUCAAGUGGAACGAGUCCAGCUUGGAGUUUUAUCGCGCCUUGGGCGCCAGGGAGCAGGUGGAGUGGGUCACGCUUAGGGUUGAUGGGGAGAGGCUGGAGGCGUUGGCGAAGUGA